CCACCUACUUCGCACUGUGAGCCGACGAGCAACAUUGGAGCGCAGAGCUGCUCGCUUCGCAUCGCAAUCAGCGCUAUAACAAAGAGUGAAAAAGAAAGUAUAUCAAAGAAGAAGCAGGAGCAGUUUUGCAUUGGUUAAAAAAUACUUUGUGGAUAAGUUUAGGGUGUUGUUUUGAGACGUGCAGUAACUUAUUUUGCUGGCAAAAUAUAAUUCCAGCUUCGCGAGUCCCUGCUGACGUGGUGCGAAUUGUGUCUGCGGCGAUUCUGGCCAGAGAAGAAGUCGAGAAGUUUGGGGAGCGAAACUGCAAGGAGAAAGUACAUCAUCAUCAUCAGCGGUAACUUCGUGACUUCGGGUGCGAACCGGGGAGAAAAUGAACGUUUUUCGUCUCCUGGGUGACGUGUCACACCUCGUGGCCAUCAUCAUACUGUUUCUCAAGAUCUUCAGGUCCAAGUCUUGUGCAGGUAUUUCUGGAAAGAGCCAGGUGCUGUUUGCACUGGUCUUCACCACCAGGUACCUGGACCUGUUUACGAGCUUCAUUUCAAUCUACAACACGGUCAUGAAGGUGGUGUUCUUGGUCCUGUCCUAUGCCACUGUGUACCUCAUAUACCUGCGUUUCCGAAGCUCGUAUGACUCUGAGAGCGACACCUUCCGCGUGGAGUUCCUACUCGUCCCAGUCGCCGGCCUCUCGUUCCUGGAGAACUACGACUUCACACCGAUUGAGAUCCUGUGGACUUUCUCCAUCUACCUGGAGUCGGUGGCUAUCUUACCACAGCUCUUCAUGAUCACCAAGACCGGAGAGGCAGAGUCAAUCACCACACAUUACCUGUUCUUCCUGGGCCUGUACCGCGCCCUCUACCUGGCCAACUGGGUGUGGCGCUACCACACAGAGGGCUUCUUUGAUCAGAUUGCCGUGGUCUCCGGUGUGGUGCAGACCAUUUUCUACUGUGAUUUCUUCUACCUUUAUGUCACCAAGGUGCUGAAGGGCAAUAGUAAACUGACCCUGCCUAUGCCAGUGUGAUCCCCACCUCCCGCCUCUCUCGGAUGUUCUCCCAGCCUCGUCCGAGUAAUGGAAUUACCUACUUCAGAAAAAGAAAGUGAUUAUCACUCCCAGCACAGUUUUUUUUUUUUUUGUCUGAUUCUAAUGCAUUAUGGAGGCAGUUCAGUGAAAUCAAAUUUGGUAUUU